GUUGCUGAGGCACUAAAACUGCCGGCGAAAAACAAUUCCAAAAUGUUUUUAAAUAUAUUUCGUCGAUCCGUGCAAUUGAAUAUUAGGAAUGUGAAUUACAAAGUGUUGCGAUACAGCAGCUCUACUGGCCCAAAAGAUGAAAUUAAGGAUGCGAUGGACAUUGAAGCCAGUUUAUUUGAAAAUUCAUUGCUAAAACAUGAACCAGUGAGCACGAGGGACGCUUUACGCAAGCACAAAACAUCAAACAAUAGACAAAAGAAACAGUCGGCCACGAAGUCAGCAGCAAUUCCUUCGACUAGCAUAAUAAAAACUACAUUGGCCAAAAGCGCAGUUCCACAAAUUAAACGAGACCCAGCGCCCCUUAUUAAGGACAGGGAAUUGAAUUUGGAAUUUACCCGCCUCUCCUUACAGGAUCCACUGAUGAGCACUUUGCUAACCGAAGUGCGUUCCCGCAAGCGUCGCGAUAAGAAUAACCAGAUCAUAAUCGAGGGUAGACGCCUUAUUGCGGAAGCCCUUCAAAGUGGAUUGCGUAUGAAAUCGUUAUUCUUUAGUCAGAAAGAUCAAUUGGCCCUACUACGCGAACCAGUUGCACAGGCUCAGGAAGAACACAAGACGAAGAUCUACAAAGUGCCGCAGCAUGAUCUGAAGACCUGGUCCUCCUUGGUGACGCCGCCAGGAUUAAUGGCACUCUUUGAACGCCCCUCCUUAAAAGGUGUGGAGCAACAACAAUCGCACGAUGAAACGCUGCCCAUAACUGUAGUCUGCGACAAUAUUCGAGAGCCCAACAAUCUGGGUAGUAUUAUACGUACCUGUGCCGCCUUGCCCUGCUCCCAGGUGGUGGUCACACACGGCUGCUGUGAUCCCUGGGAAUCGAAAGCAUUGCGAGGAGGUUGCGGCGGACAAUUUCGUUUACCCAUUCACGACGAUGUUAAAUGGGAACAGCUGGCAUUGCAUAUUCCACCUGAGACAGCCGACGAUUGUCAUGUAUUCAUUGCAGAGAACAAUUUGGAAAAGUUGAAGGAACAAAAUGGGGUGGCCAUUGAUUAUGCAGAUCUGCAAAACAUUGGAACGCAUAAUAUUCUCAUCAUUGGAGGCGAGAGUCAUGGUGUCAGCGAAGAUGCUUACAAAUUCAUGGAGCUAGUGGGCAAUAGAGGCAAGUGCGUCUACAUACCUUUGGCGAAGGGCAUUGACAGUCUUAAUGUAGCUUCUGCACUCACGUUGCUGCUUUUUUGAACUACGCAGAAAGUUGAUAGGUCAGACAUAGUUGAGUACUCGAUUGUACAAUGUUAAAUAAAUAUGAAUAUGUUGUUU